CAGCCAAACAUUGGGACUCCCUCCUCCUUAUUACACACCUUCUUCUUUGGCCAUUUUAGCUUAGAAUUCUCAACCACAACUUUCACUCCACUUUUUCAAUUAUUCAGCUAACCAACCACCAAGCACAGUCUCAGAUCAAAACCAGAUGGAUGGUGUAGGGUUUGGUAGUAGAAGAGUUGGAUCAGUUAGAGCUGCUGUUAACUUCUUUGAUGAUAAGAUUGCUGAUACUGAUAGUCCUUCAUUGAAGAUUGAUUUCUCAAUGAAGCCCUCUUCAAGAACAAGAGAUCUCCACAGAGCAAGAAGGGAUAUUGGGAGGUAUAAAGAGAGCAAAUGGACAGCAGAAUCUGCAAAAACUAAUGCAGAAUCUGAGCUUUCUAAUGCAAAUAAGACAGUGAAUCAUCUUUCUUCAAUGAUUGAGGAAUCUAGUUACAAGGCAAAGACACAAAUGAGAGAUGUAGAGAGACUAGAGAAGUGGGGGAAGGGCCAACAAGGGGCAAUGGUUGUUGCAAAGAGGAAUGAGAAUUAUGAGUAUGCACAAGUGAUGAGAGAAUUGGAGUAUGUCAAAAAGGAAUUGUUCAAGCUUAAGCUUGAUAUGGCUUCUGUGAUGAAAGAGAAAAACCAAGCCGAGAAGGAAAUUGAAGCAUCAAACUCAAAGAUGCUCUCAUGUUUAACAACUGCAGAAGAACUUAGAAGGGAGAUUCAGGAAGCCAAUGAAGAACAAGUGCUUGCUGAACUGGCCAAGAUUGAGGCUUUGAAAGAAUUGGAAGAUAUUGAAGCCAAGAGAGAAAAGGAAGCCCAUGAAUUUUCUUUGAAAUUGGAAAGCACAAGGAAAAAGUUGAAGGAGGCCAUUGAAGAUAUUGAUGAGUCAAAGGAGCUUGAAAUGAAAUUAGCUGUGACAAUGGCAGAUGUUGAUCUCUUGCAUAAUGAGUUGAACUCAGUUAAGGAAAUGGAGAAAAGGGUUCAAGGAGAUGAGAGUAUGAAGCAAUUUGAAGGAAGUUUCAGGAAAGGGAACGCUUCAGAAGACUCGACAAUGUUAAAGACCAUAACAAAAGAAUUGGAAGCAGCAAGGAAAGAAUUAGCUUUGAUUAAAGAAGAAGGUUUUCAGUUCAUGGCCUCUAUGGAUGUCAUAAGAAAUGAGCUGAAGCAUGUCACUGCUGAGACAGAUCUAUUGAAAAAGAAGGAAGGAAAAGUGGAUUCAACAGUUCAAAAUCUAAACUCCAAGAUUUUAAGAGCUAAAUCUAAAUUAGGUGCUGUUUCUGCUGCUGAGGAAAAGGUUAGGUCAAUAGUUGUUAGCCUAUCUCAUACUCUUGAUAAGCUAAAGACAGAAACAGAUGAAGCACAAAAGGAAAAUGAACACAUAAGCCAAGAGAUUAUAACCACCAAGGAAGAGAUUAAAAAAACUGAGUUUGAGAUAGACAUGACUGAGGAAAGAUUGGAAGGUGUCAUGCAAGAGCUGGAAGUAGCCAAAGCAUCAGAAGCUUUAGCAUUGGAGAAGCUGAAAACUCUAACUGAGACUACCAUGAGAGAAAGAGCCAUAAUAGCACAGCAUAGUUCCUUGAUUACUAUCUCAAAAUUUGAGUAUGAGUAUCUGACUAAUCAUGCAGCUGCAGCAGAAGAAAUUGCUGAUAAGAAAGUUGCAGCCGCCGAGGCAUGGAUUGAAGCUCUCAAGGCCAGUGAGAAGGAAAUACUGAUGGAAACAAAAAUAGCUCAGAGAGAACUGAAAGAAACAAGGGUGGAGCAAGAGCUGAAGGUUUACACCAAAGAGAAGUUGGUUCAAAGAAGAGUCAGUAAUGAUGAGUUGGAGAAUUGGCCAAGAAAACGUGAGAAGAGUUCAUCCAAGAACUUCCAGAGAUCCAUGUCUAGAAAGAGCAUCAAAAUCAAUGGCACUACAACUCCUUCAAGGCGAGUAAAGUAUCAGAAGCAUGCUUCACCUGCUGCUAGGCAUGUUAGUCCUUUCCCUAUUAAGACGAAAAAGAAGGUAAUCCCAAAUUUGGCAAAGCUUUUUAGAGGCAAGAGGAACACAAGGUGAAAGCAAAAUAAAAAAUAAUAAUAAUGACGGGUCUUCCUAUUUAUUCAUCACUACCAAAACAUAGCAUAAGGGAAGAGUGCAUGUGAGGCAACAUUUAUAUUAGUGACUACCAUGUAAUUCCCAUCACAGAACUCAUGUUUUCCACAGUAUGGCUCAAUCAUCAUUGUUCCAUCCAUAACAAGGAUGAAGGAUUUUAUUACUACAACACUUAUUUUUGGAAUUGUAUAAAAUACUUGAUGCAUGUAUGGUGCCAUUUAGAAUCCAAGCCUCUUUGUGCCCAAGAGAAUCAGAAAGCAUUCGUUGAUGUAACUUCUAAGUCACUGAUAAAUUCUUAUCAAAAAC